AUGAAGAAAUUUUGUUGUUCUAAGGCUGGUUAUAAGGCAAACAGUGGGGUUAAGGCUUAUUCCAAAAUUGACACAAGGACAGGGUGUGGAGAGUUUGUUCAAUUUGACGUGGGUGAUGAUGGGUUGUGGACAGUUACAAAACACGAGAAAGUGCACAAUCACGAGUUAUGUGUGUUCAACAAGAGUCAUCUACUUCGUUCACAUAGGAGUGUCGGAGAUAAUCAGCUCUUAUAUUUACAAGGUUUGAAGGACAGUGGUGUUGCAUUGGCAGAUGGUAUUAGGUUCCUAAAACACCAAUCAGGGGGGUCCCCUUUAGUUGGUUUCACCAGUAGAGAUGCUUAUAAUUCAAUGGCUGCGGAUACUGUCAAGCGAUUGGAUGGAACGGAUUCUAACUCUUUAAUUGAAAUUUUUAGGAGGAGGCAGUCUACCGAGACUGAUUUUUUCUUUGAUUUUGAACUUGAUUUGGAUGCAAGAUCAAUGGGUGGCAAGUCUCCACAGACUAUUAUGACAGAUCAAUGUGCAACUAUGGCUGUUGCUAUAUCUAAAGUGUUUCCAACAUCACGUCAUCGUCUUUACAUAUGGCAUAUUGGUGAGAAUUCAAAGAAGCAUAUCAAGACGUUAAGGAACAAUAAGGAUUUCUUGGAUAUGUUUAACUACGUGUUGAAAUACACAGAGACCGAAGCUGAAUUUCAAUUCUAUUGGACAAGGUUGGUGACUGACUAUAAAUGUCACAAGAAUACUUGGUUAGAAAAGCUAUAUGAUUGUAGGGAGAAGUGGUGUCCAGCAUUUAACAAGGACUAUUUUUCUGGGGGCAUUCUAUCAUCACAAAGGAGUGAAACUACAAAUCAUUCGAUUUCUAGAAGGUUGUCCAAGACAGCGGGUCUUUGUGAUUUCUAUUCAUCGUUUGUAAGCGUAAUUUCUGAAUGGAGAAGUAAAGAGAACGGUGAAGACUUUUGGCGUGCUCAAGGGGUACCCGCUAUGAUGAUGGAGCAUGUGAAACUUCUUUCACAUGCUAGAGAGGUAUACACGAUUGAGAUAUAUUUUCUGUUUGAGGAACAAUUCAUGAAAGGCAGUGCGUGUCAUCAAGAGAUGGUGUUGAAUGAUGGCCGUCAACAGAAGUAUCACGUGUGGCAGCCAGAUAUAGAUAUUAUAAGGCAUGAGGUUAGUUUUAACGCAGCCAACUUGGACAUUUCUUGUAGUUGCAAGUUGAUGUCUGAGUUGGGAAUUCUAUGUUGUCAUUGUAUACGCAUUCUUCACGUACAUUGUGUUUCUAGUAUCCCCGACAAAUAUAUACUUAAAAGAUGGACUAAAAAGGUUAUUGAUGGUAGGAAUGUCAACAUUGAUUCUAUGAUUUAUAAUGUUGGUGUUCCUCCAUCAAUUUGGGUGUUCGAUAUUAGUAGAAAAUUUCAAAGAUUAGUUGUGUCUAGUCAAGAUAGCAGCGUAGCUAGGAAAUUGUGUGACGAAGCUGUUGAUGAUGUAAAGAAAAAGGUUGAAGCCGAGGUUGGGCAUGUGCAUAUUGAAGAGUGUGGUGUUUCAUCUUCAAGUGGUGGUGUUCAAAAUCCUUCAAGUCGGAGAUUGAAAGGUGAGCGUAACAAAAGGAGGAGUGGUGUUAUUGAAAAGAAGUACAGUCUUGCAAGGGGGAGAAGGAGUGCUGCAAAUAAAGCUGCAUUGAGUACAAAGGGUGUUGUUCAGUCUUUGGUGUUGGAAAACAUAUCCAAGCUUGCUGGGGAUGGAUACCUUGUACAUCCAAGUUCUUCAAGUUCAGAUUUUGUUCAGUUUAAUAAGGGUUUAGAUGACAAUGUAGGUGUAGAUUGA